AUGCAGAGCGUGAUCCUGACACAGUCAACCUUAUCAAAGACGCUGGAGGCGAUUGUAAAAACACAGAAAGAAUUUGAAAACAGGUUGCAACUUGGCCAAGAACGAUUGGACCAAGAGUGCUCCAUCGUUAAAUACCAGUCGGACGUGGAGAGCGUGAUCCUGACACAGUCAACCUUCUCAAAGACGUUGGAGGCGAUUUUAAAAACACAGCAAGAACUUGAAAAUAGGUUGCAACUCGGCCAAGAACGAUUGGCCCAAUCACAUCAACAGAUGACACACCAGCAGAAAACAUUCGAUACAAGAAUUAUAAGUUUGGAGAAGUUUUACAACAUCAGUAACCUGCCAAGAAGAUUAGAAGCUUCAGACUCCACAUCAGCCAUCACAAUCUCACCUUCAAACACCCCACAAUUAACCGGAUCAACUCUCGAUUUGCCUGAUCCGAACUCUAUGCAAGUUAUCAAUGAGUCUGAUUCAAGGCCGUUGACCUUGAAUGAUCCAGACUCCUCAUUAACCAGGCUCAUCGAACGUCCUAUUAUUGCAACUCCCGCAGCAUUGACUCCUGAUGUGUCAGCUGUAGACUCUAUGGACAUUGACAAUCAAUCUGACUCGAGUUCUCGGACCCAAGUACCAUUGUGUAGAGGCCGCGAUGGGUCUCAAGCUUCUGUCAUUGCCGGUAGUUCAUCUUGGGUACAUCAGACAGCAAACAUGGAAAGGGGAAACACGACACCGAAUCAGCGAAAUACAAAUGCAUUCUCUGAAGCAAGGCUUUCCAACACCCGUCUUCCAUCCACUCCCAAUCGUAGAUCUACACCCGUUAAUGCUGCCUUCACCCCAGUUGAUCAAAACAUUCGAAUCAAUCCGAGAUCCAAACCAAAGUUAUGGGUACGACCUUCCAGAAGUUCGGGGAAUAAACUCAAGUCAAGCUUAAGGCAAGAAAGAGAUGAGAUGGAUCCAGAGACAAAGGAUGAUGAUUACAAUAUGUCCAGAGCUACUCAGAAACAUUUUCGAUACCUCUUGGGAACCAGCCGGGAAAAACACUCAUUCCCCAGAUCACCAACCCGUGAAGAUCUGGAGGCGUUACCGGACCUUCCUGAUGGAACCGCACCCCUUGGUCUAUCAGCUCCAUACAUACUCAAACCUAGUGAGCUCUCUCAACAAUGGGAGCACGAUGACGAAAUGGGCGAGGGAUUUCGAAACCGCUGUGAACAAAGGCUCAGACAAUAUGGACUCCCUUACGUUGGUUUGAGCUCUGUACGGAAUGACCCAAAAGCCGAAGAAUGGAACCGACGUACUUUGGAGUAUUGCUUAGACACAUUCAACUGUGCAUUGGAUGGUUUGGAGUAUGAGGACAUAUUCCGAUUGGAUCAUGCAGAGCUUGAUGUAAAUAGAAUCAGGGAUCUAAUGGCGACUCAUAUAAGAUAUCAUAUCAACAACAAACGAAUCUUUUUGAAAGAUGAUAGUAACUUAAAAAAGCAUAUGCAGGAAGACCGCCGGGCAAAGCGAGCCAUGAAUCUUGCAGAAAGACGACACGAAGCUUGUCAAACAUACGAAGAUUUGAAUGCUUACCAGGAUCUGUUUCUGGAUCGUUGGUACUGUUCGUCUGACGAGUCUGAUGAUGAGGUUCUUGAAGAAGAUCGGAUGCGGGAUAUUCCAAUCUGGCGGAGUCGAGUAGGGACGGCCCUAGUGGAGUACAUCGACGCAGCUUAUCGUCAAAUAAGACAAGACGAAGUUCCCAAACGUCCUGGAAGAAAACCGGGGAAGCGUAAGACAUCAACCACCGCGCCAGUCGUGGGCUCCUCAAAAUGGCCAGUAGGUCUUCCUAGUGAUUGCUAUGAUUCCGCAUGGGUUGCCAGCCUCAGGCCAAAAGAUCGCAAGGCCCUCAAAAUGAAGCCGGCAGCGUUGCAAGAUGUUCCUGAACUACUAGAUUGA